GUAAUAGCGAGUCUAUAAAAGCUUUGACAUGUGAGCGCGAGCGUUUCAGUUUAACUUUAACACGUUUCAACGUUCUGUCGUCCUGUCAUCCGGUCGUGCCCCGCCGUAACCGCAUCCGCGACCGUCUCCGGGCCUCUCGCCGUAGCCGCAUCCUAACGCCAGCUCAAAGAAAAGAAACAAUUAAAGCAUAACCGCCAAGCGGAAGGAAGUGCAUACCACAAGUGCUUUCCCCACUUGCAUCCUUGCAUGCCCGCACAAGUGCCGAACAAAUCGUAACAAAGUUUUAAGACUCGACCCCCCAAGACCUAGUUUCCAUUGUGCUCUGCUCCGUUGUGCGCCCUAUGUUGGCCUCGCCUCGCUUUGUGUAAAAUGAAAACGGAAAACUUCCUCAAGUACGGCGCUCCUUUGUACAACUCGAAAAGUACUCGCGCUCAUUCGCAAGCCCAACCGCACACUGUCGGCAACAGCCAUCCGAAUAGCCUCGCAUCUCUCUUGACCAACGAGAACUUGCGGAAUCUGACGCCAAACCGCGCAUCCGGAUAUUCCGACAGGGAGAGCAUCUGCAGCUUGAGCAGCGCCGGCGGACGAGUUAAGAGGCGAUCGAGAAACUUCUCGAUGAAGUCCUCGAAGGGCAUUAGCAAGAAGAGCAAGACCAUGGACUACACAAACUAUGCGUAUAACGAGGCUGUGGGCCGCCUGAAGGUAAUGCUGGCCGACAACUCCUAUGCGGCCACGCCCAAAGGGUUGGGCAGCUCCUCGGCCUAUUUGCGCAACUUCAACGAGGACUCAGGCGAUAAUUUCUCGGACAAUUUGUCGGUCAUCGAACGACCCGUCUUCUCUGACAUUUCCAAGUACUUGUCGCCCAGCCAGAAGUCACGCAUCAGCACCUAUCGUCCGAAGAAGAGCUAUACGUCGGGCUACCUCUCGGCGUCCAAGGAGAACCUAGCCACGCCUCCAGCUCUCUAUCCGAGCACCAUGACUGCGCCGCCGCUGCCCACGGACAGCGUUCAGGCCCCGGUCGAGAUAUUCAACUUCAUUGAGAAGCAGGAGGAUUACAUUGAGCAGCUCGAAAAGGAGUCCAAGUACUGUCGCAACGAGCUGACCAAUUUGCUGGGCAAGGUCAAGGAUGUCAUCAACGAGAACGAGCAUCUGACGGAGAAUGCGCGCACUGAGCUGGCAGCGCUUGGCGGUGGCACCUCCAAGCCCUCGGCUCAACUGCCGCAGACCACCACGAGUCCCUCCUCGGACAGCGAUGAGCACUUGCUCUACGCGGGCCGCAAGACUCCAACCACGCCGCGCAAGAGCAACUUGAAGUCGCCGCAGUCGCCGCGCUACGCCAGUGCGCCCAACAUUGUCUACGAGGCACGCAUCAGCGAGCUGGAGGCAGAGCUGAUGCAGGCCAACAUCGAUUUGAAGCGCGUGAAGACCGAGAACGAGGAGCUCAAGCGCAAGUUGGCCCACACGGAUCCGCUCAGCGCUGUCGCCACGUUGGGCAGCGUCAACUGCGAGACGCAUCGCAAGCAGCUGGAGCUGCUGCAACAGGACAAGACCGCCCUGGAGGAGUCGGUGCGCCAGCUGCAACGCAUGCUGGACGAGGCCAAGUCGCAGCAGCAGAACAACAAUGCCAGCUCCAAGCGCUACAUCACGGAUCUAGUGCAAAUGGAGCGAUCCCAGGCAGAGCUAGAGGUGCGCCACCUGCGAGAUGAGCUGGACAGGCAGCACGAGCGCGUGCGGGAGCUGCAGCAUGAGAUGGCGCGCCGCUUGGCUGAUGAGCGGGCCAGUGCGGAGCGGCGCUACAACAGCCAGGUGGAUCAGCUGGGCGGCGAUCUGAGCAGUCAGUGGGAGCAGGUGGCCAAGCUGCAGCUGGAGCUGGAGCGCCAGAAGCGCUACGAGUCCGAUCUCAAGCGCGAUGUGGCCAGUCGCAAUUCCCAGAUCGAGGAGCUCAAGAUGGAGCUGCGCGCCAAUCGCACAACUUUCCUGGCCGACAUGGCCCAGGCCAAUGCGGAGAAGCAGUCGCUGGAGCAGGAGAUUACCUCGCUGCGCCUGCAGCUGGAUCGUGCGGCCCGGGAGUCCAAGACGGAGGCGGCCCGUCUCACGGCGGAGAUCAACUCGCUGCGCCAGCGCCUAGAUCGUGGCGACGCCGAUCUGUUGCACUCGAAGCGCGAGGUGCUGCGCCUCAACGAUGAGAUUGCCAACUUGGAGAAGGAGCUGGCGUACGGGGAGCUAAAGAACGAAAUACGUCCAACCAAAAAGGAUUUGGACAAGCGCAUCUCUGAGAUGCAGGAAAAGCAUGCGGAAACGGUAAAUGAGCUCGAAGCAAUGAUAACGUCUCAGAAGCAACUCAUGGAUAAAUUGACGGCCGAGUGUAAGACCUUAACCGGCAAAUUAGAGGAUACGACCUAUAAGCACAAAGAGGAAAUAUCUGCUUUACAAUCGAAUCUAGAAUAUUUGUCUAAUCGCAUGUUGAGCAAUGAAGAGCAUAUGAGUAAAUUAGAUACCACACCGCAUGAUUAUACUAGCUUAGGCGCCGGCAAAGCCGCAUACGACUACCAGCCGUCCACAUAUGACACUACAAUUGAACCCAUACAAAGCACCUCACAACUGCACAACAACGCUGACGACGACUACAGCAAGCCGAGCAACUCCUACAGCUACGAUGCCGCUGGAGCAGCAACAGUUGCCGACAACAGCAGCGCCAACGGCAACGGCAACAGCAACGCCAACGCCAACGGCAACAGCAACACAGCUGCUGGCGCAUCUGCAGCAGCGCGCAAGAGCAGCAUCAGCAACGGCAGCGCCAGUUAUGGACUCAACGAUAACGAUGACGAAAAUCUCAAGGACAACCUUGGCAUGGGCGAAAAGCAGCAACAGCAACAGCAGCAACAGCAACAGCAACAACAGCAACAGCAGGAGUUUGAGCAGCAACGCGAACGGCAGCGGGAACGAGAUCGGGAGCUGCAACAAUUGCGAGAGCAGCGCGAAAAGCGGGAAAGAGAACGCGAGCAACUGGAGCAGCAAGCACAGCUCAAUCGACGCUACAGCAACGGCGAGCCGGAGCAACAGCAAUCACAGCAGCAGCAACAGCAACAGCAACAGCAACAACAACAACAGCCACAGUCACAGUCACAGCUUGGGGAUGCGAACGUCAGCAAUGCCGGCAGCGCCAACCUGGCCGCCUACAACACUGACUACAGCGCCUACGAUCAGCAGCAGUACGAUGCCAGCGGGUACGAUACCAGCGGCUACUCCCAGCAGCCAUACGACUCGCAGCAGUAUGGCUACGAUGGCAGCGCUGGCUACGACUACAGCGCCGCUGACUAUGGCCAGUCUGGCUAUCAGUAUGACGCCUCGCCAGACGCAGCCGCAGCCAACCAGCCGCAGUAUCAGUAUCGCCACCGUCGACGGCGACGCCGACAAUCGCAUCCCCUCCAGCAACAGCAGCAACAGCACCAGCUGCUGUCGCCCCAGCUGCGAGCCGACAACAAUCGCGCCCGGGCAGCGGAACUGUGGGGCCAGCAGCUGCAGCUGGAGUCCUCGGCAGCGGCAGCAGCAGCAAAUCCGCUCUGCCACAACAGUCUGCCGCGCCAGCCGCCGGCAAGAAGUAGCUGGAGUCCCGAGGCGACCGACCUCACGCCAAUCGAUCCGCUGCUGUUGGACUUCGGCAUUAGCAGUCCCAGUCUGAUGCGCUCCAGCGACGCCUCCAACCUCGACGACGACGACGACUCCUGUGCCGACCUGAGUGAAACAUAUAUCCUGCCGCUCGUCGACUCCGAUGCCAGCCUCUCGCCGGCUCACACCACCAUUGUCACAGUGCGCCGGGCGAGUGCACCGGCUAUGGUGCAGCGCGUCCAGGACGUCAAUGAGACCAUAACUAUUGAGGUGGAGGAGCAGCUGGAGCGCCAUCCACCGGACAUCGCCAACGAGACGGUGAUCAUUGAGCGUGACCAUGAUCGUGACUAUCGUGCAUCGCAGCAGUUGUAAGCACAAGUUUUCCAGUUCACUCCGCUAGGGAGACUUCCAAUAAUAUUCCACUCAUAUGUUUCGGAUGGGCUUUAACAAAUAAUCCAUAUUUGAUAUUAACAUUUUGUAAUUACAACAAUUUCUAAAUGC